AUAUGCAAAUUCGUUCGUUGUUAUUAUUUUCUUACUCGAUAAUUUUUUUUAUAAAUAUCUUCGAUUAAAUUUGACGUUGAUCUCGAAAUAACAUUGAUAAUAAUUCUUUUUUUUUUUUGUUUCUUUUUUCUUCUUUUUUUUCUUUUCUUUUUUUUUCUUUUUUUUUUUUUUUUGUCCAAACAAUUGUCUUCGAAAAUUCAAUUCAAACGAUGAAUUUCGAUCGUGCACGUUGAGAAAGUGCCAGAAGGGAUUAUAGGAUUGGCGAGAAAUCAUGAAGGAAAUAUUGUCAGCGCAAAAUAUUUCAGGUUAUAAUAAUACUUUUGUCGGUAACAAUGGAGAAACGAGUGUUAACAGUAUGACGAAUGAUAAUAAUACUAGAAGAUAUGCCGUUUUAAGUACAGAAUGGAUUUCUGCCAUUGGUGAAGAAUUGGGAAUGCAUCCCUUGUCAGAUUCUGUACUACGUAGACUAGCAGAGGAUGCUUCAUAUAGAUUAAGAGAAAUUUUACAUAAAUGUAUUACAAGACUGAAGCACAGUAGACGAAAGUGUUUAACAUCCAAUGAUGUAAAUGCAGUACUUACAAAUUUGUGCGAUGUAGAUCCAAUUUUAGGGGCACCGGAUACAAUGCCGGAAUAUCACUCGGAGGCCAAAGUAUUUGUUCCUAAUGAACGCAUUAUUAAUUUGAUAGACAAGGUCAAUGAAGCUGUUAAUUUGUCCCAAGAUAAUGUACCUUUCAUUCAAGAAAUGGAAGUUUGUGAUGUGAAAUUAACCGAAGCUCGUUACAAUUAUGCAAAACGUGCAUUAAAGACUUUAUUUAAUGGUUCCCAGAAGACUUUUCAGGUAUUGGUCAAUGAUUGUGCUACCAAUCCAUAUUUAGGCGGAGAAGGUGUUAUAGAUAGAUUAAUGUCUAUAGCUAGAUCCAUGGUAAUAUCUAAUAAUGCACAAUAUACAAGAGUUUCAACACGUACUUGUCAACUUAUAAUUGCUAUUGCAAGUAAUAGCGAAGCUGUUUAUCCAUAUUAUUUAACAUCGGUUGAUAAAUUAACUGAAUUGUUAUUAGAAUUACUACUUGGACAGAGUUUUAUAAAUCUUAAUUUAGAAGCUCUUUUUAAGGAAUGUGCCCUGAAAUUGAUGCUUCGUUGGCCAUCUGUUGCUGAUAAAUAUAUUCCUACAUUGGAGGAAAUACUUCUUAAAGAAGAAGAAGAGAAUACGGAUGUAAAUAAGAAAAGAAUGACAGCCAUGGAAUUAUUAGCAAGCGUACAACCAUUACUUUUUUUUCAAUCUGAUAAAGACUCACCACUUUUUAUAGAUAACAUUUUAAAAUCCGCACCUUCGGGUUCUGUUAUUUGGCAACGUAUGGCUUUGGCAGUUUGUGCAUUAUUAAAAUCAGACGCUCAUCGUUUGGAUCUUUCGAGUAUAAUAGAACAUUAUGGAGAUUCGUUAUUGCCAUAUUUACCAGUUAAAUGUAAUAACGAUACAAGUGAAUAUAGAAAAUCUCCAACUCUUCCAAUUAUUUUGAAAAGUAAAAUAAAAUAUGCUAAAGUUAGACCAGUAAAUAGUAAAAUAUUAUGGGACAGACAAUCAGCAUUUCCAGAUUCUACAUUAAAAGGACCUAGAAAAGAGAUAAGAUUUGCAUUCGCGGGUGGUCGACCAGUUCCACCGAAUAAUCUUAGGCGUGUUAGUUUAAGAGCUAAUUAUCAAAUUUUAAGAAGCGAACAUCAAGCUACUCUUGCGUUGGUCGCAUCUCGUAGGCUUCUUGUAUUAAGAAAUACUAAGAAAAAAGUUUUUCAUAUUUACAACCUUGCACAUAUUUGUCUGUAAAUUUCUUUUUUUUUUUUUUUUACGAAAUAUUGUAUACGUAUAUAUUUAUUAAUUAA